CCUGGUGCUGUUGUUUGUGAGUGCAUACGCUUUACAGAGCUCAAACCCACAGCCGGACAGCCACACUGCCACCACCAUGAGAGAGUUCAAGAGCAAGGACUUCUGGAGGGCUGUUCUGGCCGAACUGGUUGGCAUGACCCUUUUCAUUUUCCUCAGCAUCUCCACAGCAAUUGGAAACGAGAACAAUAAAAACCCAGACCAGGAGGUGAAGGUGUCGCUGGCCUUCGGACUGGCCAUCGCCACGCUGGCCCAGAGUUUAGGCCACAUCAGUGGAGCCCACCUGAAUCCUGCAGUUACUCUCGGGAUGCUUGCCAGCUGCCAGAUCAGCGUGUUCAAGGCGGUCAUGUACAUUGUGGCCCAGAUGCUGGGUUCAGCCCUGGCCAGUGGCAUUGUAUAUGGAGCACGUCCAAGUAGCAAUAAUGCACUGGGGCUUAACUCUCUCACCGGUGUCACUCCCAGCCAAGGCGUAGGCAUAGAGCUCCUGGCAACCUUCCAGCUGGUGCUGUGUGUCAUUGCAGUCACUGAUAAAAGGCGGCGUGAUGUCACCGGCUCUGCACCGUUGGCCAUUGGCCUCUCAGUCUGCCUGGGACACUUGGCAGCUAUCAGCUACACAGGCUGUGGCAUCAAUCCCGCUCGCUCCUUUGGUCCGGCUUUGAUCCUAAACGAUUUCACGGACCACUGGGUGUACUGGGUGGGGCCAAUGUGCGGUGGUGUAGCAGCAGCUCUCAUGUACGAUUUUCUGCUGUCCCCCAAAUUUGAUGACUUUCCUGAGCGCAUGAAGGUCCUGGUCAGCGGCCCAGUCGGUGACUAUGACGUAAACGGAGGCAACGACGCUGCAACUGUGGAAAUGACGUCGAAAUAGUUCCACACAGUCACAACCACUUAUUUCAUUGUACAUGUUUAUGCUCCUGUAAAAAAAAAAAAAAACUUUUGAAUUUAGUGUAGGAUGUCAGUGUUUUUGUGCUAUUUUUGCAAUACCAAUGAGGAUUGUUGUGGUAAUGGGUCAGUUAGUCUCUUUCUAAUUCACUCCUUUGUUUGACCCCGCAGAAAAGCAUACAGUCAAGUGUGUCACAAUCUUGACAGAGCAGCGUGCUGAAAUGUUUUCCCCUAUCAGUAUUCUAUGAUGAGCCAUUUUUUUGUAUACUCUAUGUGCCUGUAUCACUUUUUAUUUCUGAUGGAUAAUGUAUUGCCUGUAAACUCUUGAAAUGUCUCUCACUUUUUUAAUUAAAUAAAACAUUUUACAGCUGU